AUGCUGGAAGGUGAUGAACGUAUCGCAUUCGACCAUUGCACCAUCAAAACAGAAUUACACGACAGCAACGACGAAGACCACCCACCUUUUCCACCGUUCGACGUGAUCAUCAAGGAGGAAUACGAUGCCUCGUGUCCGGAGACGACGAGCGACUCGAACAGGAAGGUGUUCAACUGCAACCAGUGCCACUUUCGCUCGUUCUACAAGAGCAACCUAAAGAAGCACGUACUCAAACACUACGACGUGAAAGACUUCAAAUGUGACCAGUGCGAUUUUAAAACGAUACAGAAGGCGAGCCUAAAAAGACACCUACUCACGCAUUCCGACUUUAAGGAGUUCAAAUGCGAGCAGUGCGACUACGAGACGAUACGUAAAGACUGUCUAAAGCUGCACCUGCUCAAGCACAUCGUCGGCGAGAGCUUCUUCUGCACCUUCUGUAGCUAUAAGACGAUACGGAAAAGUAAUCUCAAGACGCAUUUACGAAGACACACCAAUAUCAAAAACUACGAGUGUCUGUUGUGCGGGCUUAAGACCGCUUAUAAAAGUGUCCUGAAGAAACAUAUGCGAAAACAUUAA